CUCCACCACGUCUCUCCAUACGCCUGGGCGCCCAAUUGCUACACCUGCACUGCUACUUGUAGGCCCUGAGGUGCACACGUCGUCUGUCCUGCUACGAAAGCCGUGUCUGGCGACGUCUCACCCCCGGCCUGCCGUGUUCGUGUGUUCCCACAGCCACGCGCAUCCUCUUACCAUUGCAAAAAUGGUCGACGUCGCCGUGUCGGCGCAGCUCCAGCAAUGGUCCUUCGACAAGCCGGCGCUGGUGCGUCCAGAGCGCUCGAGCAGCUCUGCAUCCUCGCCCGACCUGUCCCACCGCGAACCCGAGACCCUGCGGAUAGACGCUGCAGUGCACUCGUCCACCGACCUGGAUUCCAAAGACACGCGCCCGUUCCAGGAGCGCUAUCUGUCGAGCGAGGAGGACCUCUCGCCCAUGGACGCCAACAGCUCUGAUUCCGACGGCUACGACUCCGAGGCCAGCAUACACGAUUUCGAGAAGGAGUGCCUGCGCGCGCGGAAAAUGUCCAUCUCGCGGUGGGAGAAGGGACGGAGCUGCGACAUGGCCGUCACCGUGUCGAUUGUGUCGGCUGGUCGACCAAAGAUGAUCCAUCUCGCCAAUGCUGGUUCGCCGAUCCGCGAAACGGCCCAACGGUCAGCCUCGCUCGCCCAGCUGCCAAUUGGAGCCAUCAACAAGCUGCGGAAGCAGGAUCAAGAAACCCGCCGCUCGAUGAUGCUCCUCAGCUCGUCGACGAGUCGCUCGCCUUCACCAGCCAUUGGUCUCGAGCCACGGCGGCCUUCCACCGGACACCGCCCGUUCACGCACAGCAACAAGAGCGCCCUACAGCUCUCAGACUCUGCAUCCUCAUUCCACACUGCUAGCUCGACCAGGAGCAUAUCGCCUGCAGCCAGCGAGAACCUCACUACUUCAACACGGCCAGUCAGCGCCGCGCCGGCAUCACGCUCUCAGCCCCAGCCCCGCUCAUCCCUCUACGUCGUCUCGAAUGCCAGGAACGACUCGCCAUUAUCCCCGUUCCCGCCUCUCACACCACAGUCCCCAGGACCACACUCCUUCCUAAGCUCCGACCCCUACGAGAACUCAAACACCAACGCAGCAUCACCCAUCAUCAAAUCCGGACCACACAAACGUCUCCGCUCCAUCUCAAUGAAGCUCUCCCUCGCCAAAAUCGCGAUCACCCCCUCGACUAAGAAAUGGGACUCCCGCAUUAACGGCCGGGGCGGAAACAUGCCACCUACACCUGCCACGCCAUACACACCCGUAACGCCACUGACCGCUCCUGCGACGUCAGGUUCGUCACCGAUGAACAAGCUACGACGCAAUUCAAGGAUAGCCUCGCGCUCAUCCACGCAACGUGGCCCUUCUCCCGAGAUACCCCCAGUUCCCACCAUCUCCAACCCGCCGCCACGCUGGAGGUCACCUCAGAAGAAGUUAGUCGCUCGAGGCGCAAACGAGCGGGAACCCAUGAUCGAGCUGCCGCCAUUCCCGGAUGGAGAUGCUGGUCCCAUGAACAAUAGCAUCAAGGCGCGGAGAGUCCGCAAGAGGAAGAGCUUGAUGGAUCUCCUCUAAGCGGCUAGACCAAAACCUUGGCUUGUUCGUCAUCGCAUG